AGAGAAAGCUUUAGGUUGGUUGCGGCUUUUGUAGUGGAGCUAAAAUGGCGGCGGCGCGGACCCAGAGUGGGAUUCUUCUUAGUGCGUUGUGUCCCAAAUUUUUGCAUACAAACUCGACCAGUCACACUUGGCCUUUCAGUGCUGUGGCUGAACUUAUAGAUAAUGCAUAUGAUCCAGAUGUAAGUGCUAAACAGUUGUGGAUUGACAAAACAAUUAUAAAUGAGAAUGUGUGUUUAACAUUCAUGGAUAAUGGAAAUGGUAUGAAUGCAGAUAAAUUACAUAAGAUGUUGAGCUUUGGCUUCAGUGACAAAGUUACACCGAAUGGCCCCGUUCCUGUUGGAUUGUAUGGAAAUGGAUUUAAAUCAGGAUCUAUGCGGCUGGGAAAAGAUGCAAUUGUUUUCACCAAGAAUGGAGAACUCAUGAGCGUGGGCCUGUUGUCACAGACAUUCUUGGACAUUACAAAGGCAGAACAUGUAAUUGUUCCGAUAAUAUCAUUCAACAAGGAAAGCCAAGUAAUAAAUCCAGAUGAAUCAACAGCCAGUUUGAGGGCUAUUUUGGACUAUUCCUUGUUUCCUACUGAAGAGGAGCUGCUUGCAGAACUUGAUGCAAUUAAAUCAAAAAAAGGGACACGGAUAAUUAUUUGGAACCUUCGUAGAGAGAAAAAUGAACAAACAGAAUUUGACUUUGAUACAGAUAAGUAUGAUAUUAGGAUUCCUGCAGAUUUGGAUGAAGUAACAGGAAAAAGAGGCUAUAAAAAACAAGAGAGACAAGAUCAGAUUGUUCCUGAAAGUGAUUAUUCAUUACGGGCUUAUUGCAGUAUUUUAUAUUUAAAGCCAAGAAUGCAGAUCAUUAUAAGAGGACAAAAAGUACAAACACAGUUGGUUUCCAAAAGUCUUGCCCUUAUAGCACGUGAUAUUUACAAACCAAAAUUUUUGGCUCCCAGAACAGUAAGGAUUACUUUUGGGUUCAACUGCCGAAAUAAAGAUCAUUAUGGAAUGAUGAUGUACCAUAGAAACAGGUUAAUCAAAGCUUAUGAAAGAGUUGGCUAUCAGCUAAAGGCAAACAAUAUGGGUGUAGGUGUAAUUGGUAUUAUUGAAUGCAACUUUCUAAAGCCAACCCAUAAUAAACAGGACUUUGAUUAUACCAAUGAAUAUAGAUGUACAGUACAUGCCCUUGGUGAAAAACUUAAUGAUUAUUGGAAUGAGAUGCAAGCAAAGAAAACAGAAUUUCCUCUGGAAUUAUUAGUUGAAGAUACCCAGAAACGGCCUGAUCAGACCUGGGUUCAGUGUGAUACUUGUCUAAAAUGGAGGAAGCUUCCAGAUGGAAUGGAUGACUUGCCAGAGAAAUGGCACUGUUCAUAUAACCCUGACCCUCAGUUCAGAAAUUGCAAUGUGCCUGAAGAACCUGAAGAUGAUGAUUUAAUACCAUACGAGAAAACACAUAAAAAAAAAGACAGGGAGAAAUUAAAGAAAAGACUGGAAUUUAGCCAACAGAUGCAUAAUGAAAUAUAUUUACAGACAUCAUCUGCCUUGUCCAAUACAUCCCCAGCAAUGAAUGAAAAUAUUUCAAGAUUGCAUGUAGAAACUUCAAAUACACCUCUAAGCAGGCCUCUAAAUAUAUCAGAUACAUCAGCAUCUUCUCCACAUUCAGAUCCUGAAAAUAGGUUUAAACGAAAACAUUCUAAUUCGGAUGCACCACUACAAAUUAAGAUCACACGGGUGACUAGCCAAGCAUUUGAGAACAAAAAAGAUGAGGAUGACAAUGAUGAUGUCAUCAUUUUGGAGGAGAAUAGUACUCCAAAACCUGCAGCAGAAGACUGUGACAUCAAAAUAAUAAAAGUUGAAGGUAGUGCCAAUUUGGAUUAUAUUGGUGAUGAUGGAGAAGGUUCCAAAAGCAAAGACGCUUGUUCAGAAAUAGAAUGUUCAAAAGGAACUGCUGCCACACAAACAGAAGUAGAGUGGCUUGUAGUAAAGAAAGAAGAAGUAGAGGACAAUGUUGAAAAGAAUCAGCUAUCCAGAUUAGAGCCUGAAUUGACCAUAUUAGAACCUGUUGGCCUUUCUGAGUCUGCUUUGGUGUAUGUGGACAACAGAAUAAAUGAACUAAAUAUUCAGGUGCAGUUAGCCAAAAGUGAAAAAGGAAAAUAUGAGAAACAGUGUGAAAUGUUGUUCAAAGAAGUAAAGAUACUAGAACAAAAAAUUGUAGAAAUGAAUGAUAAGCACAUGAAAAAGGAAAUGUGCCAUCAGUCAACAGAAACAGAUAGUAUUCUAUCGGAUGAAGAACUGGAAAAAAUUAAACAAAGAAGUCCAGAGGAGAUUUUGAUUCUCUAUGAGCAGGCACUGAAUGAAAUGAAAAGGCUGAAAAAACAAUGUACUACUCUACAGAAUUUAAAAUCUGAAUGCUCUAAAUGUAGAAACAGCGAAAGUAAAACUGAAAUAGAUGACAUGGCUGUGCAACUGGAUGAUGUUUUCAGACAGCUGGACAAGUGCAGCAUUGAAAGAGAUCAGUAUAAAAAUGAGAUUGAACUUCUUGAAAUGGAAAAAAACCAACUGCAUUUUCAGUGCGAAGAGCUAAAAGCAGAAAUUGGACAGUUAAAAGCUUCUAUACCACAAAUGAUUGCAUGUACAAAUGAUUCUGUGGCUAGUAAUCUUGAAGAACCUGUAAAUUACUCUGAUGGGGAAAGCCUGAAGUUGCGAUCACUGCGAGUUAAUGUGGGACUACUACUGGCAACAAUAAUGCCUGAUCUUGACUUGAAACAAGUGAACUACGACGUUGAUGUAGUUGAUGAAAUUCUAGGACAAGUUGUAGAACAUAUGAAUGAAAUCAGUAGUGCUUAAUGUUUUCUCCACUGUCACAACAUACUUUGCUCAAAUUUGUACUCUAUUGUGAAGCUUCCAAUCUGCAUUAAAAAAUAGUAAUUUUGGGGGUUAAACUAGACACAAACUAAAUGUAUACUUGAAAUGUUGCAGCUGAAUUUUCAGUGUUAAUAGUGCCACAAAAGGGGUGAAUGACUUGGAUGAAGGCAUGGUGAAGGCAUUCUGCAGGGAUUGAAGGAACAUUUUCUUCACUGCUGUGGUUACGGCAAAAGCCAUGGCAGAUACCAGCUCCUGAAAGCAAGGUCGGUGAAGGAGCUAUAGACGCUUCACUUUCUGGGGCUAGUGAAGGACAUGGAAGGACAGUUGCCAUCACAAAAUUGGGAAGAAAACUCGGGUUAAAUUCUAUUUAGCAUAGCUGAUGAAAAUCAAAAUGUGUGUGUGUGGUGCUAUUAACAAAAAGAGGCAGUCUUAACACCUUGUCUAGUUUUAUCCUCCUUUCUGCAUCAAAUCUGCAUCAUAUGCCACCAUAGAUGCACUGUAUUACCCCUUUUGAAUUUUUCAGCAUUUCUUACAGAUAUAUUUAAUUUUUAUAAGGCAUUCAGAAAUUAACCACAGAUAGUAUAAAUGGUGUUACAUACCUUUGUAACUUUCUUUUUAAAAGAAUCACUGGCAAUUUUGUCAAGUAGCAUUUUUCCCAAAUUACUAGUAUUUUAUAGUGGCCUAUGAGUAUUUCUGAGCUUUGAUACCUGAUCAUGUAUUAUCUACUGAUUAAGAGUAUUGCAUUACAAUUGUUACACUAUCGGAUUAUGUUUUGUUGAAUAAGUAUGGGUGUUUUAUCAAAAUAAUUAGGUUUAAGGAUUUAUUUUUUUCUGUAUUGUUUUUCCUAACUUUAUAAUUAAACGUGAUUCAUUAUUCACAUUAUUGUUUGAUAGAUGAAUGUACUGUAAGGUCUGAGUAAAAUAAAUCUUGUCUGUAUGGAAAAUGUUAUUUAAAUUUAUACUGUACAUUUACACUUUGAAGAAAAGCAAAUAAAUGGAAAUGGGUUUUUAUUUACAUGAAAUAAAUUGAAAAAUGUA